AUGCUCUCUCUGUCUUCACUCGAAGGCUUCCGGAUUAGCAAAGAGCCGGGGUUCGUGGUCGCGACUCCUCGAGCGGACGAGGAGUCCACCAUGGCCACUCCGAGUGUCCUGGAACCAGAAAGCUUCUUCUACAUCGUGCAGUCCCAACACCCUCUCACUUCCGCCGACGACCAAGUUUUGCCGACUGUCAUCGCACCCCGACCUGCUCCUCUGCCCGUACCACCGCCCCUCAUGCAACCUGCCUUCGCACCGCCGCCGUCAACAGAGACCCUCCAACCACCCUGGGUCAGAGAACUCCUCGCUCACAAAGUACCGAAGAAACCCGUCUACGUCGCACCCAAACCAGGCGUCACCUGCGCCAUGAUCAAAAAGGCUGAAGACGCACUCUGCGUUGCUCUCCUCAGAGCAAUCGACUUGAUCGAGAAGGACGGUCCGGUGAAGGCUAAGUUGCGUCUGAAUCGUGUGGGACCGCCGAGCGAAUUGAAGGAGAUGAUUUAUUCGGCCACGGAUUUGGCUGAAGCAUGUUUCGAAGUGUUGCCGCCGUUCCUUGCGUGUGUUAAUCCCCGUGAUGUGCGCGUACCAGGUGAGGCGGGCUUCGACUACGACUUGACGAGCACGCCGCUCAGUCUCGUGGGCGCAGGACUCGACGGUCAGGCCAUGCGCGGUUCGCUAUCGGACCCGCAGAGCGUGGCCAUGACCGUGAACCCGGUGCCCGGUCAAUUCCAGCCGGGCAUGGGUGGUGGUGUUGCUCCCGUCAUGGGUGGUGGUAUGGGUGGUGGUGGUGCUGGCAUGAGUGGUGGUGGUAUGAGUGGUGGAGGCAGCGCUGGUAUGGCCAGUGGUGGCCCCGGUAUGGCCGGUGGUGGUCCGGGCAUGGCCGGUGGUGGCGGUCCCGGAAUGAAUGGUGCUCCCAGUCUGGGGGGUCCCGGUAUGAGUGGUGCUCCCGGUAUGAAUGGUGCUCCCGGUAUGAAUGGUACUCCUGGCAUGAAUGGUGCCCCAGGCCUGGGCGGCGCUCCAGGCUUGGGUGGCGGGAUGGCGUCGGGAGCGGAGUUGAUGUCGCCGUACGAGUUUGGCGCCUUCGGUUUUGGGGGCUGGAGCGAACCGCCCGCUGCUCCUGCGGCGGGAGAUUUGGUGAGUGCGCCCCCGCUAGAAUGGGGUGCUUACGGGGGGUUCUUUGCACCAGCGUUCAAUCCCUACGGUGUCCAGUAUCAUCGUUUAAAUGAGGCGCGACGCAAGUGCGGCUUUGAUGGUGGCGACCUCUUUCCCAGCAACAAGAAGGGGCCAGCAGUCGGUGACCGACCUCUUACGCCUCCCGCACAGGGAUGGUACGCAAAGUACAGUUCGGGAGUCACCGGCGUCGUCUGGGAUCGCGUACACCAGGCCUGGGUCGUCAGCUGGACCCUCGCUGGUAAACGUACCUUCCGUCAUUUUACCUGCAAGUCAUACGGUGGCUUUGAUAAGGCGCGCGAAGCAGCCAUCGAAUUCAGACUCGCACGCAACAGAGAAAUCGCUGCCUACAACAAACGCUGCAAAGACAAAAAAUGA